GCAUAUUCCAUUUCCCCGCGUUUGAAUCUGUGCGUAUCGGACACUAAUUCCCCAGCUUCAAGAUGCUCUAAUAGGAAAUAUCUUCGAAACGCAGUGACGCGGAUGGCAUUCGGGAUGAGUAAACGGCACCGGCGGGGUUCCGCGCGGCCGAAGGCUCGACGCUAUCUAGAACUUUUGGACCCUAAUCUGCAACGCUAAGCAGGGCACCUUUCCAGACUGCCAGACCUGAGGCUUGUUGGCCAGUUGUACUAUGUAAAAGUGGCGCGGGUCUGGUGAGGAUGCUCCGGCCGGAGCCAGAUCUGCACCAUAAGCACGAGCCAAAGAAAGCGCCUGACAUUUUUUUGACGGUUCUCAGCGCCGCGCUGAUCUCCCCCUUACUGUCCUUACUAUGCCCUUAAGCCGUACCAACACCGACUAGCCUAGGAUUUUCCACUCCCGGCCUCUUCCGUGUCUGCACUCGAAGGCCAGAAUUCCUAGCUAAAACUCUAGGUCGACUGGCCAACAUGGAUUUGAUUCUAACUAGAGUAAGAGGACCCAUUGUAAUGGAAUUCACUGCGCCCAUCCGGCGUCGUGAGAGGGGUAAGGUGACGUUGUGCAUGCCAUCCAGAAAAGUCUCGCCGGGCGGCCGCGAGCUGUGUAAGGUGGCAUUUAUCUCAUGUAGGUAGUUGUCAUAGAUUCAACCAUUGGGUCGUAUUUGUAUUACCACCAGGACUACUAUAUAAUUCACCAUGCUAGCCGCUUUACAUCCUCUCAAGCUUGCAUCAUCAGCAACAAUCAGACCACUCGGUUAUAGAAUCAUCAGACGAGGUAUCACACAAGGUACCAGACAUCGCUUACCGAAAAUUACUCCCAUCCAUCCUAGAUUUUAUUCAACCUCAACAACCAUGAGCGCUCCCCAGAUUCCGACAGAGCAAUGGGCGCAGGUCGUCGAGCAGAAAGGCGGACCUGCCGUUUACAAGAGAAUUCCGGUUCCUAAGCCGGGUCCCGAUGAGGUCCUCAUCAACAUCAAGUACUCCGGCGUCUGCCACACGGAUCUCCACGCUAUGAAGGGUGACUGGCCGUUAGCUACGAAGAUGCCCUUCGUCGGUGGACACGAAGGCGCUGGUGUCGUCGUCGCACGUGGCGAACUUGUCAAAGACAUCGAGAUUGGUGACUACGCAGGUAUCAAGUGGCUGAACGGUUCAUGUUUGAGCUGCUCCUACUGCCAACAGUCCGACGAAUCUCUAUGCCCCGACGCGUUACUUUCAGGUUACACGGUAGACGGCAGCUUCCAAGAGUACGCCAUCGGCAAAGCCGCCCACGUCGCCCGAAUCCCCAAGGACUUGAGCCUCGAGGCCGUAUCGCCCAUCCUAUGCGCCGGUCUAACGGUAUACAAGGCCCUUAAGGAAUCCGGUGCCCGACCCGGCCAGCAAGUCGCCGUCGUCGGUGCCGGUGGUGGUCUUGGCAGCUUGGCCAUCCAAUACGCCAAGGCUAUGGGCCUACACACAAUCGCUAUCGACGGUGGUGCGGAGAAGGGCGAGAUGUGCAAGACCCUCGGAGCCGAAGACUAUAUUGACUUUACUACGACUAAAAACCUAGUCCAGGACGUUAAGAGUAAGACACCCGACGGAUUCGGACCCCACGCCGUCCUAUUACUCGCCGUCAGCGAAGGCCCCUUCCAACAGGCUAGCGAGUACGUGCGAAGUCGCGGCAGCAUCGUCUGCGUCGGUCUACCCGGCAAUGCCUUCCUGAAGGCGCCCGUCUUCGACACAGUCGUCCGUAUGAUCAACAUCAAGGGCAGCUACGUCGGAAACCGACAAGACACCGCCGAGGCCAUCGACUUCUUCCGAAGAGGUCUCAUCCAGGCCCCCUACAAGGUCGUCGGCCUGAGCCAGCUCCAGGAGAUCUUCGAGCUGAUGAAGGAGAGCAAGAUCGCCGGUCGGUACGUCGUCGACACGAGCAGAUAAGACGGAGACGUGGAGUUUUCUUUGGAGAUACCAUAAACUUUGGAGUUUUUGCUCUGUUUCUAUUGUAUAUAUAUGUCGAGGCCGGUAGAGCAAUGGGGCGAAAUAUUUUUAUACAAUAUCAAAUAGGAUGAGUGUAUAAAGGACCAAUGAUUAAAUACAGUUAAACCAUA